AUGUCUUCACUUACAGAUGACAAUAACUUGUUGGAUCAUAAUUUUUUAACCAAUCUUCAAAGCGAGGAAGCCGAUCAGGAUAUUCUUGAUGAAUUCUUAGACCAAAGAGUUUAUGAUUCCAUAGGUAAUAACACCCCAAUCCCCAAUAGUAUACUAAAGAAGGAAGAUUCUCAGGACUUGUUUCAAAACUUGUACGAUGACAACAAUUCCAAUAGCUCAAGUCGUCAUAACUCAACCAUUGACCCUUCGGUUAAAUUUAAUGAAUCGCCUUCCUCGGCAACUCCUUUGAACAAUGAUUAUAUGUAUGUGGAGCCUCACCAGUACAACUCGUCCAAUUUUUCAAAUAGCUUGUAUGCCAGUCCUUAUAAUUAUCAAAAUAAGUUCCACUCUGCUUCCAAUAGUCUCCAUAACACUCCUCAAUUGAAUGAGUCGCCUAAUAAUAAUAAUCCCUCCUCGAGCACCAAUAAUAGCAAUAACCAACUUUCGGAUUAUGAAGUGGUACGAGAUGAAUUAUCGAAAUUGAAGUUUGGUAAUCAUAAUAUGAUUUCGUGUCCUCCUUCUCUCGAUGUCCCCGAUGCUUCCUAUUUAGAUUUUAGUGCCAAUGAAAUGGCUAAAUUACCUUAUAAAUUACAAUUAUCGGAAUUACCAAGUUAUUCUAGAGUGGAAACCCAAAUUAAAUUAAAAUUUCAAAUCAGCCCUCCUCCUCCUCAAAUCUUAUUACAUAUUCCUCAAGAUCUUAUUUCCAAAAAUAAGUUUUGUCUUAAUGAAUCUAUUAAUGGUUUAUCGGAUAAAUUAAAGGAAAACUUGUUAUAUCUUGAUACUUAUGUUCUAACUUCAAAUUAUACAAAAUCUUGUAACAUUUGUCCAAGAUGUAUUAAAAGAGAACAAAAAAGAGCUUCCAGAAGAAAAUCGGGUAAUGAUAGUGAAACGAACAAUUCAAAUAAUACCGCUUUAAACACCGAAUAUAAUACCCCUAAUCCAAAUAGUGGUAAUUCCCCCAAUCAUAAUAACGGUGGUGUGGUUAAAAAUAAUCCUAAUUCUUGGGCUGAUGAAUCAAUGAUGAAAAAGGCAAUCAUCUUUAAUUGUAAAGAAAUUGUUUCUUUCCCCCCUCCUAAUGGUCUCAAUAAUGAUUUAAGUAAAUCUUUGGAAUUAUCCGCUAGAAUCAUUUGUUAUUGUAGACAUCAUAAAGAAUCGGAAGGUUUUAAAUUAUUGUUUGUCAUUAAAAAUUCCUCUAAUCAAGUUGUGGCUAAACAAAUUUCAAGUCCAAUAAUGAUUAUGGAUAGAAAGAAAAACACUUCUUCUACUAAAGAUAAUGAAAUUUCUUUUACAAAUAAGUCCAAUAAUUCAAAUCCUAAUAAUAAUAUCCAAUCCGAUACAAAUGUCAAUAAUAUUCAUCCAUUGUCUCCUAACUCUAUUGAUGAAUCUGCAUCCGAAGUCUUGACUAAUACCGAUAAUGAUCAAAGAGGUUUGAAACGUAAAAAAUUAUCAAUCGAUGAUUCCUAUAAUAAUUCAUCAAAUCCAAUGUUCAAUGGUAGUGUCAAUGGAUUUUCUCCAACAAGUAAUAGCGAUACAAAUACUUCCACCACUAACAUUAUGUUCAAACCAAAUCAACUCAAUCAACCACAACCUUCAGGUAUUCAUGCUCCUCCUCACCCUCAAUUCAGUUUACCUUUAUUAAAUCAACCAUUAGCUAAUACAAACCCUACCAGUAAUAAUGGCACCACUCAAAACUUACCUUCAAUUCAAAGAAUCAUUCCUGCUCAAGGUCCAAUAAGAGGUGGGAUCGAAGUUACUUUACUAGGGUUCAAUUUCCGCCCAGGUUUAGCAGUAAAAUUCGGCUCAAAUAAUGCGUUGGCCACUCAUUGCUGGUCUGAAACGACUAUUGUCACUUAUUUACCUCCCGCUAGUCAACCAGGUCAGGUUCUUGUAAGUUUUGAAAACCAUGAGAAUAUGAUGUUGGGUGGCGCCCAACAACAACAAGUCUUCACCUAUACCGAUGACACCGAUCGCCAACUCAUUGAGUUGGCACUUCAAAUUGUCGGGUUGAAAAUGAAUGGUAAACUUGAAGAUGCUAAGAAUAUCGCUAAGAGAAUUGUUGGUUCUGAUAACAAUAAUAGCAAUAAUAAUGGUAAUGCUAAUUCGACUACUAGCCCAUCUUCAACUAAUCAAGUAAGCAUGAAUAAAGAAAAUAUGGAAUGGUAUGAUAGUGCCCAUAAAGCUGUUGAAAGACUUACCAAAUCUAACUUAUCAACCGAAGAUGUUUUGAUCAAUUUCCUUUCAUUGGUUGAUUUACCAAAUUGUCCAAUUAUAAUUCCAAACUGGCAACUAUGCAAUAAUGAAGGUCAAUCUUUAUUACAUUUAGCCACUUUGAAGAAUUAUAAUCAAUUGAUAAGAUUCUUGAUUACUCAUGGUUGUAAAAUCGAUUUGAAAGAUAAUCAAGGUUUAACUCCAUUAUUUUUAGCAUCAAUGUGUGGACAUCGUGACUUGAUCAAUAUUUUCCUUGAUUGUAAAUCAAACUGGAACUUGAAACUUUCAAAUGAUAAAUUCUUGAAAGAUUAUUGUGAUUUGAAUGUUCUUGAUAUUUUUAAUAAUUUAGAAGAAUGUGAAAUUGAUAGCGAUGAUUUUACUACCAAUGUUUUAUCUCACUUUAAGAAUUCCCAUAAUCAUGAAAAUAAUGGUGAAAAAAUUGAAGAAAAUGAUCAAUUAAGUAAAUCUAUAAGUUUGGAUUCACUUAAUUCAAUGUUUGCCAUGAAUUAUGGUCGUCAUAUAUCUAAAAUGGUUAUUGAGGAUUCAGUAAAUGAAUCGACUGGUAAUAAAUUAGAAAGUGGUGACAGGCAUAUUGUUAGAAAAGAAUUUAAACCAACUUCUAGUGGUUAUACCGAUGAAAAUUAUUCUUCUGAUUUUGCUGAUUCAGAAUAUGAUUCUAAUGAAGAUUUGGAAUAUUCAAAUGACUUUGCUAAUGAAGAUGAUUAUGAAGAUGAUUAUGAAGAUUAUGAAUACUCUGAUUAUGAAAGCUCCGAUGUUGAAUCUUCAAUUGAAGAUUUAAACCCAAUGCGUAACUCUGCCAUUGCUAGUGCAGAUACCACCAUUGAAGAUGCACCACUGAGCUCAAAUUCUACCAUUGUACCAUUAAAUGACAAUAGCAUGGCUGAUGAAGAAGAUGAUCACUCUGUAUCAUCAAGUAAUGGAUUAUGGCAAAAAGUUAAGAAUGUUUUCAAUAAUGAUCAAGACAACGAAUUACCUUCUUACGAUGACUUAUUCCCUUUUGGACCUUCAUCAUUCCAUUCUUCUAAACCUAAGACUCAAGCUGAACGUAAUCUCAACCUUUCUGUUGAAGGUUCAUCGGAAGAACUUAGAACUUCAGCAUCUCAAGAGGAAGAAGUUGCUUCAGAUUCUUCUGAAGAUAUGGUUGUUUCUUAUAUCAAUCGUCCACGUAAAACCGUGGAAAAUGAUAAAAUGUUAUUAUUCUUCUGGUUCCCCAUCUUAAUCACUAUUCUUGGAUUAUUCUUAUAUGUUUCAAUAAUGGGUUAUCGUGUUGAAUCAAUUGAAAAUUUCAAAACUUUUAUGAGAAACUGUUUUGGUAAUUUAAUGAUUGGUAAUGAAAGACUCGGGCGUGUAUUCAAGAAUUCUAACGAACGUGUAUUACAUGCAACAAGAAGAAUUUUGAAUGAAGAAGUGGCUAAUUAG